CCCACGUUGUAGAUGGGGCGACGACAGCGCUUACUGCGCGCGUCCUCAGAAGCCCCGGGUGACGUACGUGUUUGGCCAGGUGCGCGAGCGUCGCCGCCAAGUCGACGCGGGACCCGACCAGAAGUGAAGCGGCCACCAUGGACGCCUCAACACCACCAAAGAUGAUGCUCUUAUUCGCCCUGGCGCUGUGGGGGUGCGUCAGCGGGCAAAACUUCCCCGGUGCAUCCCAGUACUGGGGGGGACAGCCGCAGGCGCAGCAGCAGCCACAGCAGCAGCAGCAACCCCUCCAGUUCCAGCAGCCCUUUCAGUCGCAACAACCACAGCAGCAGCAGCCCUCCCAACAACCGAACGGUCUGAAUGGCUACCGCCAACAGCAAGACCAGCUCCCUGGCCUGGGCUUCCAGCAGCAGCAGCAACAACAGCCUCAUCAGGCAGAUCCGCUCUCCGGACUCCGACAGGGCAGCCCGUUGCAACAACACCAGCAGUCGCAGCUGCCAGGAUUCCGCCAGCCGCAGGGCGCCGCGGCGUUCGGCCGCCCGACUUUCCCGCAGGACGACAAGGAGAACGCGUCCGCGGCCACGACCCGCACGCCGUUCCAGAGCAGGCUGUUCGGCCAGCAGGGAGCGGGCGCAGGGCCCGGAGCGGGCGCGUCGGGCGCCCCUGGCGAACAAGGGGAGGUUCCGCCGGGGCAGGGCGAGCACGGCCCACACCAGCAGGACGGCGGCCUCCAGCAGCAGGACGGCGGCCUCUACCAGCGCGGCCUCCAACAACAGGACGGCGUCCUCUACCAGCGUGGCCUCCAUCAGCAGGACGGCGGCCUCCAUCAGCGCGGCCUCCAGAAGACGGACGGCGGCGUCCUGGAACUCGAGCCGCACGGGGUGGCCAAGCAGCCGCAGCCGGACCGCCCCGACUCGCAGAUCUUCCACUCGACGGCCAGCGACCACUCGCUGUACGCCCUGGACUGGUCGUACCCGCGCGCCCGCCACGCGCCCGCCAGCCUGAUGCUGAAGCGCUGGGGCGGGCUCUCGCCGCCCGAGUACGUGGCCGUCUACCGCCUGCGCGGCCCGGCGACCGCGGACCAGGCGGCGGCCUCCUCGCCGUCGUACUCGCUGGCGCACGACGAGCUGCGGCACUACCCCUGGGACGCGGCCCGGCGCCACGGCCCGCCCCGCUGGCGCGGAGCCCCACCCCGCGACGAGGACUUCGAGCUGCUGCCCGCCGGCAUGAGCAUGGGCUCCAACCACGGCCUCGGCAACUACGGCCUCGGCCUCCACGGCGGCAACCACCAGUACAUGUACCGCACGCUGUGAGAGCAUACGCGAGGCCCCAGCACGUCCACCACUUUUUUUCCCACGAAAAAUAAAUAUAUUUCCCUCUU